AUGUGCCGCCGGAAAUAUUGUGCCGGAGAACCUGCCGCUACUCUAACACCACCUACAGUUAACAGACAUCGCCUGCCAUCACCCUUGAGAAUUAGGUAUGCAUCGGGGGACUUUGCAGUUGAAGACGGAAUUGUAGUGGGAGAAGCCGCCGUCUUCCGCCCUUCACUGGCAACCGGCCGUUCGAUCCCGUCGCCGCUGUCCCUAACCAACGUCACGUCCAGCCCUGCCUUCACGUCUCAGGCGGCUGAAAUCGCCGGAGAACGAGCACCGAGGACCCUCCGCCGCGCGACCAUGUCUACCACAGCGUCCGUCGGCAUCGUGUCCCUCAUCUCCCGGUGGUGGCGGCGGUCGUUCUCCGACGAAAAUAUGUGCAGAUUUCAGAAAAAUCAAAGAAGGAGGCUCGAGCUCGUCACCGACAACGACGAAAGGAUUGGCCAGCCGACUGAACUCUGCGUUCAGUAUGUGAGGUGGCGGCGGCGGAGGUGGCGGCACUGCCGGAAGUGA